ACAACUCAAUCUCCUCUGGUAUGCUUAAAGGAAUGAAACUGUCCAGAAAUGGACCUGUGCUGUCUCAUAUCUUCUUUGCAGAUGACUCUCUGUUUUUUCUUAAAGCUGGGGUUGACCAAGCUGGUUUUCUCAUGAACAUUCCGGAGCAGUACAAACUCUUUUCUGGUCAAGCUAUUAAUCUCCAAAAAUCUGCUGUAUUUUUCAGUAGAAAUACACCCCUCCACCUUCAAAGAUCAAUCUGCAGCUCUCUGAACAAUAUUACUUCUCACAGGUCAACUAAAUACUUGGGAUUACCACUGGGGAUUGGCAGAUCCAAAAAGGAAGUUUUUGCUUACUUAGUGAAUUCAGUCAGAGCUAAGCUCACAUCUUGGAAAUCUCAGCUUCUUAGCCCUGCUGGAAAGGAAGUCCUGCUCAAAGCUAUUAUCCAAGCUCUUCCAGUCUACACAAUGGCUUGUUUCACUCUGCCAGUGUCAAUCUACUCUGAAAUUACAAGUUUAUGUGCAAAAUUUUGGUGGAAAUCUGGAACUGAUCCGGCUAAAGGAAUCCAUUGGAAAAAUUGGAAUUUCCUCUCACUCCCUAAAGAGAAUGGUGGUCUAUCCUUCCUUGACCUCCAACUUUUCAAUAAAGCAAUGAUCUGUAAACAGCUGUGGAGGAUUGCCUCAAAUCCAGAGCUUCUAGUAAGCAGAAUACUCAAGGACAGUCGCCAUCGAGUCUCCUCUGUUGGCGUGUGCCUACUGCCGCCGUCACCCGUACUUCUGUUGACCUGGGUUCGUGCGUAUCCGUCUGCAAACACCUUAACAAUGCUAUUAUCUGACAGCAAGCUGCCUACGAGUAUGUCUGCAUUUGCACAGUACCACGUAUCCCAUCAACUACGGGUUCACGGGGUAGCCUGCCUC